GGUGAACCCAUGACUAUGGGAAGAAAUAACCUAACAAGACCCUCUGAAUUCAUCCUCCUUGGACUCUCCUCUCGACCUGAGGAUCAGAAGCCACUCUUUGCUGUGUUUCUCACCAUCUACCUUACCACAGUGAUAGGAAACCUGCUCAUCAUCAUGGAUCGCUCAGACACUCAUCUCCAGACACCCAUGUACUUCUUUCUAAGCAUCCUGUCUUUUGUUGACAUUUGUUAUGUGACAGUCAUUAUCCCUAAGAUGCUGGCGAACUUCUUAUCAGAGACAAAGACCAUCUCUUAUGGUGAGUGUCUGACCAAGAUGUACUUUUUCAUAGCCUUUGGAAACACAGACAGUUACCUGCUAGCAGCCAUGGCCAUGGACCGCUACGUGGCCAUAUGUAAUCCCUUCCACUACAUCACCGUUAUGAGUCACAGAUGCUGUGUCUUGCUUCUGAUUCUCUCCUUCUGCAUUCCACAUUUACACUCCCUCCUGCAUAUUCUUCUGACUAAUCAACUCAUCUUCUGUGCUUCCAACGUCAUCCAUCACUUUUUCUGUGAUGAUCAACCAGUGCUAAAAUUGUCCUGUUCCUCCCAUUUUGUCAAAGAAAUCACGGUAAUGACAGAAGGCUUGGCGGUCAUAAUGACCCCCUUUUCAUGCAUCAUCAUCUCUUACUUAAGAAUCCUCAUCACUGUUCUAAAGAUUCCUUCCACAGCUGGAAAGCAUAAAGCAUUUUCUACCUGUGGCUCUCAUCACACAGUGGUGAUCCUGUUUUAUGGAAGCAUUAGCUAUGUCUAUUUUCAGACCCUGUCCAACUAUACUGUCAAGGAUCGAAUAGCAACAAUUAUCUACACCAUAUUGACUCCAAUGCUAAAUCCAUUUAUCUAUAGUCUGAGGAACAAAGACAUGAAGCAGGGUUUGACAAAGCUGAUGCACAGGUUGAAGCGUCAAUAA